AUAUUUAAUGGAAUAGAAAAUAUUCUUUUAGGUAUUGAAUGAUAGCCUCGUUUUAUCACAUCAACCUAUAUGAUUUUUCAAGUACAAAUAUAAAUAUAGAUAGUAUUUUCCUAAACUUUAAUGUGCAACUUCAAUCAAACUAUGGAUACUGCAAAUAUAUUAGUUAAAAAAAAGUAGAGAUGCGCCAACAAUAAUCAUCAAGCAAAACGAUCCGUGGACCGUGAUAGAUUAUUAGUUCAAAUCUUAUUGUCACAUUAGCAGAUGACCCACAAGAUGGCUAGGUUUCACGCUCUUUUUUCUUCUAGUAUUACUGACCGAACCGCUACACGGUAAUCAAAAGGAUAAAACCUUUUCAGUUCCUUAUAUUAAAAAAAAAGGAACACAAAAAGAAGUAGGAACUUCGCGACUUGCUAGUUCGUUGAAUGGUUGUACCCUCUCCGACGAAGAUGCCAUCCUAUUUCAUUCAAAAUACGCGUCGAGCAAACGACUCUCUGUUCGUCGGGCGGGGGGACCUGCCAGAGUCCCGUUCCCACUCGUUUUCUAAACUCAAAAAAACCUUGACCAGGAGAGGUCCCCUCCCACCCAUCCUCUCUCUAGAGGCCCCCCCCCCCCCAAACCAAGUUGACUGCUGAGCUCAGUCUCCCCAUAACAGAUUCCCCAGCUUUGGCCUGCACAUGCACUGCCCCAGAACAAAACCCCUACCAAAACCACCAAAUUCUUCCUCUUUCCCAUUUCCUUCCUCUCUGAUGCCAAAGAGCACCAGAGAAAUCCGGAUGUUCUUACCAUUUAAUUUAACAACUCCCACAUCCCUUUUUCUUCCCAUUUUCUUUAAUUAUCUGCUGAACUCCCCGCCCCCUCUCUAUAUAGUAGUCCUCCUUGUUCACUUCUCUUCGAACCCAAAAACAGGAACUUCCUUGGGCUCUGAUCUUUCUUUCUCGAUCUUCUUUGAGGUUUUGUUUCGCCAUGUCUUCCAUAUCACAGGGUUUGGUCUUGGCCACAGCCAUGUUUAUCUCUAGCACCGCUCUCUUUCUGGCUUAUUGCAGGCAAAAAUCUUUCACACCAACCCAACUUUCGGAGACUCAAAAUUCCCAACAGCCGGACAAGCAAAUAGUUCUACGCUCUUGCUUAUAUUCAGACAAAAAGAUGAAGAAAGUGCAAUUUGCUGAGAAUGCGAAGGAUCCGAGGGGGAAUGGCGAGGAAUGCAGGAAGGAGCACAUGAAACGGAGCAAAGUUGAAAUGGGUUGCAGAAGCGAGCUCCGGAGAAUGAGUGGAAUGCCGGAGAAUCGGGUUGCAUUGUACAAUGGAAUUCUCAAGGAGCGCGUGCAAAAAAUGCAGUGCUCAUGUUGAGGAGUUGUAAUAUUCUUCGCUUUUCUGGGUUGGCUCAGUAGAAGAAAAAUCUUGUACUUCUCAUUUCUGUGGUUGGAAAUACUUGCCCCGUCUUACUCUUUUUUUUUUUUUUUUUUUUUUUUAAAUAAGAAAUUUAUUUGGCAAUGCUUUGUUUCCAUUUAAGGGAACGUGAAUUCUAUGUAUUUCUAUGUAUUUCAAUUGGUUGAAUUUUAGGGGUUGUUUGGAUAGAA